AUGUACAAGGAAAGCUUGUGUGAGGGUAUUAGAAGAAUCGAGAGCGAUGCUGAUUAUUGGGAGCUUGUGGAAACUGUUUAUAGUCUGGAGAGUGAUAGUCUUGAGAGUGAGUUAGAUGUGUACAUUGACCACCGAAAUGAACCAAUUCUUGAUUGGGCUGAUAACGAGGUCUUAGCAAAUGGUAAAGGGUAUGAUUCGGAUGAGUUUGAUAUAGAGGAUGACAAGGAUUCUGAAGUUUCAGAGACAAUGGAACAUGAACAUGAAUGGGAUGAUGAAGAGGAACAUACUUUUGAUAAAACUGUUGGAGACCCAUUCUUGGACAAACUUUCAGGGCAUAUUAGUGAUGAUGAUGAAGAAGAAGCAAACAAUGGAAAAGAUAAGGAUGUUAUGUUCCCUGUCCAUAAUGAGAAUCAAGAAUGGGAGCAAAUGGUGCCAGUUUUGGCUAUGAAGUUUUCUAACCCAUUGGAAUUGAAGUUGUGUAUCACCAACUAUGCAGUAAAAAUGGAUAUGAUUCAUGGUAUGAGAAAAGUGAUCAUGAAAGGUUAUUGGUAA